AUGAAAGAAAGAUGUCUUCCGAAAACUAUUCAGUUUCUUUCUUAUGAUGAGCCGUUGGGUUCCUCGCUUGCCUGUAUUUCCGUCUUGUUUUGUCUGAUUACGUUUUCUGCCUUCUGCCUGUUCAUAGCUAAACGGAAGACUCCCAUAGUAAAAGCCAAUAACAGAGAGCUCAGCUACCUACUUCUCAUCUCCCUCAUGUUUGGCUUCCUGUGUUCCUUGGCAUUCAUUGGCAGACCCAACCUGAAGACGUGCAUGAUACGCCAGGUCCUGUUUGCUGUUAUUUUCUCAUUUUGCAUUUCAGUCAUCCUAGCAAAGACUGUCACUGUCAUCAUGAUAUUUAGUGCCACAAACCCAGACAGUAAGCUGAAAAGAUUGGUGGCAAUGAGAAUACCUGUUUAUAUUGUCCCUGUGUGUACAAUGGGUCAGAUAAUUCUAUGCAUUGUUUGGUUGGCCAGGGCAGCUCCAUUUGCAGAAUUCAAUAUGGUGGCAGAAAUAGGGAUAAUAGUGAUUGAGUGCAAUGAAGGCUCUAGGGUGUUAUUUGCAUGUGUGCUGGGGUAUAUGGGUUUGUUAGCAGCUAUUAGUCUAUUGGUUGCCUGUUUGGCUAGGAAGCUCCCUGACACAUUUAAUGAGACCAAGUUCAUCACAUUCAGUAUGUUGGUAUUUGCCAGUGUUUGGCUGACAUUUAUACCCGCUUACCUCAGUACCAAGGGGAAACAGACGGUGGCAGUAGAAAUCUUUGCUAUACUAUCUUCAAUGGCUGGACUUCUUGUUUGCAUUUUUAUCCCAAAAUGUUAUAUAAUAUUAUUGCACCCGGAAAUGAACAGCAAACAGUAUAUCACUGGAAGGAACACCAGGAACCGAGGGACAUGA